CAGGCAGGACGUCAUCUGGUUAGAACAUGUAGCCUAGUUAGCGCAAACGCUGCUUUAGCGUCCGAAUAAAAAUAAAAAUACGUAAAAAUACAAAUUUCCUUUUUUUUAUGCCUGACACUGUAGUUCAGUGUCGUUUGGUGUCAAAUAUGUAUAAAAAAGCUUAUUACGGGAGCUACAGUGUGUUUAGAGAGCCGUUAAAAGUUGCCGUGUCAAAAUAGCCGCAUUAGCUAGCCUGUCUCGCUAACUGCGCUAGCGGUUAGCGAUUGGAGCCACAGUAAUUAAUUUAGAUGUCCAGAGAGAAACAGUUUUGCACUGAGAAAGAAAGUCGAGUCAUUGCCUGCUUGGUACGUGGCAACCUGUAAAGGGAUAAAGACAUCCUGAGAUAAGCUGGUAAGUCAUGGGGGCGUUUCUAGACAAACCCAAGACGGAGAAGCACAAUGCCCAUGGUGAGGGAAAUGGCCUGCGCUACGGUUUAAGCAGCAUGCAAGGAUGGCGUGUGGAAAUGGAGGAUGCACAUACAGCCACAGUGGGUUUACCACAUGGCCUUGAUGACUGGUCUUUUUUUGCUGUAUAUGACGGGCACGCAGGCUCACGCGUGUCCAACUACUGCUCCAAGCAUCUGCUAGAGCACAUUGUGGCAGCGUUACCAAGCGAUGCACUAGGCCGCACUGUGGAGGCUGUGAAGAAUGGCGUGCAUGUAGGCUUCCUGCGCAUUGAUGAGGACAUGCGUGGCUUCACAGACCCGCGCGACGGCGCCGAUCGCAGUGGCUCCACAGCCGUGGCUGUAAUGCUUUCACCUGAGCACAUGUACUUCAUUAAUUGUGGUGACUCACGUGCACUGCUUUGUCGUGACGCACGUGUUCGUUUCUCUACGCUCGACCAUAAGCCAUGUGACCCACGUGAAAAGGAGCGCAUCCAGAACGCCGGAGGCUCCGUCAUGAUCCAGCGUGUGAACGGCUCUCUGGCCGUGUCACGUGCUCUGGGCGACUAUGACUACAAAUGUGUGGAGGGCAAGGGCCCCACCGAGCAACUGGUUUCCCCUGAGCCUGAAGUGUUUGAGAUUUCCCGUGUGCCAGAGGAAGACGAGUUUGUGGUGCUGGCCUGUGAUGGCAUAUGGGACGUGAUGAGUAACGAAGAGCUGUGUGCCUUUGUGCGCGCCAGACUGGAGGUGUCUAAUGACUUGGAAAAAGUGUGCAAUGAGGUGGUGGACACGUGUCUGCAUAAGGGAAGUCGAGAUAACAUGAGUGUUGUGUUAGUGUGUUUGCCAAACGCUCCAAAAGUAUCAGAAGAAGCAGUGAAGAAAGAUGCAGAGUUGGAUAAGUUCCUUGAAACUCGUGUGGAAGAACUCAUUGAUAAAGCAAGAGAAGAGGGAAUUCCUGAUCUGGUACAUAUCAUGAGAAACCUUGCCACAGAGAAUAUCCCCAACCUUCCACCAGGGGGAGGCCUCGCCAGCAAGCACAGUGUUAUUGAGGCUGUGUAUAACCGGAUCAUCCCCCAAAGAGAAGAUGAUGGGGUAAAAUGGUGCAGAUUUGGAGGACCCGUGGUAGCUGCCCAUCCUGAGGGUCUAACGCCUUAAAGGAUCCCUCUUUUCACGAGACACCCUUCAUACUUUUGUUCCCCUUUUUUAAUGAAAUUUACAGAUUGAUUUGGGUCAUCAGUAAUAAGUUGAUGCACACUGGCAAACAGCCUGCCGAAAAGGAUUAUGGAUAUUUUUUUCUUCUUCUCUCUCUUUGCCUUUCUUUUUUCUUAUUUUUAUUUUUUUGCAAAAAACAUGAGGGAAAGAAAGAAACUUCAGCUUUAAAAAGUACACGUCAAACCGUAAGGCAGUUUUUGUGCUUUUUUUCCCUUCCUUUUUUCUUAUGUGGUUGUCGGUGUUCUUGUUGAAACUUAGCUAUGGAGCAGUGCACGCCCAUAAGCGUUGUGGUGCCUUUUUCUAAGCGGCUACGGACGGGGGACUCGGGGCUAGUGACUGUUUCAUAGCUUUCACCCCUCCGAGCACAGUAGAGCAGCCAGGCAACUUGAAACCACUGCUACCCUCUCGUCCUGCUGGGGGGGACAUGGACCAUCACUGGCUUUAAUCAGGAUUUUCUUGUCUGACUAUUGCAUGUGGAACAUGUCUGGAGGAGGACUUGCUACGUUACUACAUAACCUGUGUGGAAAAAGUUUGAAGCUUGACAGCUUUUUUGCACCUUUUACACCCCACUGCCCAUCCAGAUGUGUUCAGAUAGAUGCUGAAGGAAAGCAACUGCAUAAAAAUGGCUUCAUUCUGCAGUUGAUCACUUAUUUGGUUGUUAUAAGCUUUUAAUCCUGCUGUUUAAGAGUAUAGAUUAUUAUUAUAUAUAUAUAUAUAUAUAUAUAUAUAUAUAUAUAUAUAAAAAAGUAUAUAUAUAUAAAUAUUCAUAUAAAAUUUCAUAUAUUUUUUUCCUCCUUGAGUACAGAGUCAUUUAUGACUUACUGUUUAAGAAGCAAUAGAAGAGACAAAGAGUCGUUAGAGUUAUUCUGUGUGAAAUCACUAGAGGAUGAUGUCACUCACCACACACUUUAGAGCCACCUUUUUUUUUUUUUUUUUGAUGUAAUGUGACAUUGUAAAGAAUCUUCAGCUGUUGUGUAUUCACAUAUUUACUCUUCAGCUCUCGACAUCUGAAUUGCUAAACAUAUCAGAGGGUAAGUGAUAAAAUGGCAGAUAAAAGUUGGUUCACGUCCAGGUAGUUUAUCAAGCUAUCAAGCCUGUCGGUUGUAAAUAAGAGUGUGUCCUGAUUUAGAUCACAGUGAAAGAAAAACGAACACACAAACGAUUGCCAUCUUAGCUACUUGUCGUAACUUCUGUGUGUUUAGUGAAGAAAAGUAUGGGAGAAAUUGGAGAUAUGGAAAGGGAAGUGACAAAGAUGCUGUUAAAGACCCUCUGUAAUUCCAGAUGUUUUAUGUUCAGAAUUCACGUUUUAAUUUUUGUAUAACUAACUUUGGUGCCAGUAUGAGCUUAUGUGAUGUGAUUACUGAGAGUUUGAAGAUGAAUAUCAGCACAAAGUGACAGCUUUGUGAUGGAUUUGUUUUUGUCCUUGGUUUGUUACAAUUUUACAGCAGCUUCUCUAUUGGGUGAUUGGAAACCUUUCCAGUGAUUUGGCACUGAAUGACCAGCGUGUAUGCGGUUGCAUAUCAGCCGUCAUCUAAAGAAGGACAUGUAACUUCUUUUAAACAUACCGAGAUUGUGCAAGUUAUGUGCUAAUGUAACAUGGCUCUCCAGGAGCACUAGGCUAAAAGGAAUUCUUGGUGCGCAGUGAAGCCACACUACUACUCUGCUCCAGUCGUCUCUGUAUCAUAUCUCUGCCUUUUCUCGCCCCCUGCCUCAGUUCUGAAUUUAACCAUGCACAGCAAAACUCUAGAAUCAGCCUGCCUCCCCACCUCCUCAGAGUGUAUUGGAAAAUUAUGUAUUUUUUUGUUUUUGUUUGUUUGGUUACCUGAACACGAAUACAAGCUUUAUGAUGAAUUUGCGUAUUAUUUUCAAACUUGGAGUACAAGUGUAAUACUUGUUUUGCUCAAAUGCAUUUUCAGAAGUCACGGAUAACUGCAGUCAUGGCUAAUGGUGAACUCGAGCAGAACAAUAAAGAUCAAGUCAAAACUGA